AUGAUUGCCUUACAACUCCAUUCCCUUUGCUUGGUCUCGAUGCUCCUUAGGCGAGACAGGCACAUACCGAAUGGAAGAAAGGGGGAAGGUGGGCAGUGCUGGCAAGCCGCUUUCUUCCCGGCAAACUUCCGGGACACCUUCCCGAUAACGAGGUGCCUAGGUAGUCGCGAAGUUGUGACGCCACGAACUGCCAACUGGCAGGUAAGGGUUCAGAAGCCCAACACGACAGUCACCGCCGAAACACUGUCACCAGUGACUACGUACAUGGUCAUGGUCAUGGUCACACCUACCGCUUGCACAGCACAUCGCACCGCACAUCAUGGGUCUCUCGCCGGCACAGGCCCGCACGUUGCGAGCGGAAGCCCUUCCCCGGUGCGCCACGACAUCGUUCUCCGUCCCUUCGUGCCAUCUCGCAUCUCGUCACCGUCAAGCCUUCCACAGCACCUCGGGCAUUCUACAAAGUACAAGUAG